AUGGAGUGCGAGCAGCGUGCGACGCGAGGCGACAGCUGGCAAAAUGAUGCAAGCUACUCGUCGAGCGACGACGACUCGACGAACGAGACAACAGACAUUGGGGGCUCGGGAAACUUUCCGCGGAACGCGGGAGCGCAGCGCGCGGGCGCCGGCAACGGAUAUGGGCCGGGCGCGCGGGAGCGAGAGUGCAAGGGAGUGCGGAUUCCGCGGGGGAGCCAACGCUCUCAAUCCGCGGAAGACGCCGUUACCGUGGCCGGCGUUGAGGGCGUCUCACGUUCCGUGAACGCCGCCGCGCCGCCGCUGCCCCGCCUGGACGCGAUGGGCGGCGCGGCGAGCCGGCACGUGCGCGCGGUGGAGGACGCGGCGCUGUGGUACGCGUGCGCGGGGCCGCUGGUGACGGUGCCGGCCGUGGGGUCGCUGGUGGUGUACUUCCCGCAGGGCCACGUGGAGCAACAGCAGCGCCUCGCGCAGCGCGAUCCACCGCAACUGACCGAAUCGGAGUCGCCGCCGCGCUCGCCGCCGUCGGGGCUGUCGUCGCCGAUCGCCAUCUCCACGUCGGAAUCGGAGUCGCAAUCGCACAACAGCGGCGACGACUCGCCAAGCGCGUCGCACGGCAACAGCGGGUUGAGCCAAUCGCCCAGCCAAUCAGACUCGAGCGGCUGCACUCUCCCCCGAGGCCGUGCAUCCGCUUCCCCCCUUCCCGCCGGCCAAUACGCGCAAAGCAGCGGCAGUCCUGGCGGAGGGAGCGGCAAGUCGCGCGGAGCGGACAGUGGGAGCGCAACGGAGAGCGCGCAGGCGAAGAGGCGACAGCAGCUGCCGCCCAGCCACAUCUUCUGCCGCCUGACGGCCGUCGCGCUUCAGGCGGACGAGCGCACGCACGAGCUGAUGGUGCGCUUCGAGCUGCAACCCGUAGAUGAGGCGGAAGCAGUGAAGGCGCAGGCAGCCGCCAGCCAGGAGGCGCGCAAGGCAGGCGCAGCGGGGAGGAGACGGGGGCGCGAGGGGGAGAAGGCGGACGCGCAAGAGGAGCAGAGCGAGGAGGGCAGCCUGGACACAGACGGCGGGCGCACGCAGGCAGCGCGCCCGGGGGGGCUGCAGGCGCAGGCAGGGGUGCAGGAGGGGGUGCACACGCACAUGGGCGCGCAUGCGCGGCUGCACAUGUGCUGCAAGCGCCUCUCCACCAGCGACGCCGCGCCGCAUGGCGGGUUCUUCAUCCCGCGCAAGGCUGCUGAGUCCCUCUUCCCCGCCCUCGACGCCAAUGAGGAGGGGCCAUGUCAGCAGCUGGUGGCAUCCGACGUGUUCGGCCGCGAGUGGAACUUCCGCCACGUGUACCGCGGGUCGCCGCGCCGCCACCUGCUGACGGCGGGGUGGAGCGCCCUCUGCGCGUCGUGGGGGCUCGCAGCGUCCGACCGCAUCGUCUUCCUCAGCCGCCACGCGCCUCUUUCCACCAUGCCAUGCCUCACUCUGCUCCGCUCGCUCUUCCCCCGCUCUCCCUUUCCUCCUCCCCCACCCCCCGGUACUGGCAGGGCGGGCAACGGGGCGCUCAAGGUGGGCGCGCGGCGCAGCGAGGCCGUGCUGGCAGCGCAGCACAGGCGGCAGAGGGAGCGGGAGAGAGGGUGCGGGGCAACCAACUCUGCAAGCAGUGCAGGAGCAGCCAAGGAGGGGAGGAGCAACUCGGGUGCACAGGCCACAGCAGCAGCAGGAGGAGGCGGCAGAGGUGGUGGUGCUGUGGCGACGACGGUGACAGCGAGUGAGGUGUUGGAGUGGGCGGCGCACUGCCACGGCGUCAAGAGGGCCUUCUCCGUCGUCUACCACCCCUGGUAUCCACUCCUCCCCUCCUCUGCUCCUUCACCUCCUUCCCUCUCCUCGUCUUGCCCUGAGUCUCUUGCUUCUUUCCUCUGCCCUCCCUACCCGUCUCCCCCAACUCUUCAACCUCCUCGCCUCGCCCCCAUUGCGCUCGUACCACGCAGCCCAUGCCACUCCCUCCUCGCACCACCGCUCCCUCUUUCCUCCACGCAUCACGACCGCCUCUCACCGCCCCUUCUCUGCGCGUCCACCUGCGCGUCCCCCCAUCCCCCCAUCCCCCCAUCCCCCAGCGUGGCAUCAACGCCAGCGCCCUUUGUGCUGCCCCUCGCCGCCUUCUGCGCUGCACUGCGCCUCAAGCAGCGACUGACAGCAGCCAGCGAGGUGCGCAUGGCGUUUGAGACGGACGAGCUGUCCACGCACCGCCUGCGCGGCACUGUCACAGCCGUGCACCGGGCGGCCAGUGGCGUGUGGCCGACGUCGCAGUGGCGCAGUGUGCGCGUGCGCUGGUUUGACUGCGACUCCUCGCUGCCCCGCCCCCCCCUCGUCUCCCCCUGGCACCUCGAUGACUCGCUCCCCUCCGCCCCCCGCGCCUCCCCCUGCUCCUCCUCGCUCUCCGCGCCCAUGUCCCUCUCCCUCUCCACCUCCUCCUCCCUCACCGCCUCCGCUCCUUUCCCUUCCUCCUCCUCUUUCCCCUCCUCCUCCUCUUUCCCCUCCUCCUCCUCCCCCUUCCCCUCCCCCCGGCCCCUUGUCUCCCCCCGCCCGCCCUCAUUCCCCCGUGACCCCCGACCCCCACGCUCCAGCUUCAGGGAUUCCGCGCUCCCCCCUCUCUCCGCCUCUCCCCCGCUCCACACGUCCCCGUCCGCGCUCAUGCCCCCGCCUCCCUCCCCCACCACGGCCAGAAGCGCCUCCUCUGCCCCACACCUCUCCUCCGCGCCCACCCCCCCAACACCUCUGCGCCUGCCCCCCUCCGCCUCCCCCUGCCUGUCCCCUGGCGGGGGGCGGCGCAUCAGCCUGGCGGAGUGGCGGCAGUGGCGCGCGCUCGUGAGGCACAGCCGCAGUGAGGGUGGACGGCCAGCAACCCCUCGCCCCACCACACGCCUGCCGCCCGCCGCACCACAACAGGCCGGAAGUGGCGUCGCAGGCAGUGGGGCGUGCGGAGUGCUCCCACCCGCCAAUGGCGUACUGCCACCUGGCAGUGCGGUGCGCAAGCGAGUGCGCUUCCAGUGCGACCUCGACCCGCCUGCGCCCUCCCCUCCUCCCCACUCCGUCCCACCCCCCCACUCCUCCCCUCCCACCCACUCCUCCCCUCCUCCCCACUCCACGCAGCCGCCCCAUACCCCUUCCCAACCCCACCUCCGCCCCCUUCCCACCGUCCUCUCCCAUGCGGCGCCUCCUCCCAGCGCCCCUCGGCCUGCCAGGCUGUCUCUCGCCACGCUGCUUCCACUCACUGACUGCCACGUGGCAGCUGACUCAGCAGAGCAGCGGCCAGGGAAGAAGGCAAGGAGUGCCGUCCCUUGUGCCAGCUGGCAGAGUGGUGACGUGGAGGGACGCGUGGAGGAGGGCGAGGAGGAGUGUGAGGAGCAAGAAAUGCGUGAUGUGGAGUGUGGGAAGGGAGGCGAGGAGGAGGAAAUGGUGGAGGCGGAGGUGCGCGAGGAAGAGAAGGGAAGGGACAGGGAGGAGGGAGGUAAGGGCGAGGAGGGAAGGGAGAAGAGAAAGGAGGGAGAGGAGGCAGAGCAAGGAGCAGAGGAGGGCAUGGCGGGUGGGCAGGGCCACUCAUCGUUUGAAGUAGCGGCGGCAUCCCUGCUCGUGCUCAAGCACGCCGGGCACCACUCCGCUCCUGCCGCAGCAGCAGCAGCAGCAGCCAUGGCUCCAGCAACCCCACCAGCUGCAACUCCAGCAGCAGUGCCUUCGGCUCUCGCCCUCUCGCUCUCCCCGUCACCCCCUGCUCGCCCUCUCUCCAUCUCCCAUUCCUCAACACUCCACGCUUCAGCUGCCUCAGGUGCCUCAGCCUCUCACACCCACCCGUUGUUCUUUCUCUUGCUUGCCUGUGCUCUCCUCCCUCAGCUGCGGGUGGAGGGAAGCCCAGUGAUGCGCACGGUGGAUCUGAGUGGCAUCGGCAGCUUCCAAUCACUGUACGCCACGUGUGCAACCAUGCUGCAGCUGCCUCUGCAGCAGCCGGGGCAGCCCUCAGAGGGUGCCACGUGUCCCUGGCAGCUCACCUACACCGACGCCGAUGGCGACACGCUCCUCGUCGGGGACGGGCCCUGGAGGUCAGCAACCCCUCGCUGCACCUCCUUCCUCCCACUCUCUCACUGCAUCUCAUCCCUCCUCCCUCUCUACCUCUCGUUUUCUCCCUCUUGUUCUUCCUCUCACUCCUUCCACUUCCCUCUGCUGCUCCUCUACUUGCUGCAUCUCCGCCUUAUGCUCGUGUCCUGCCUCCUUUAG